GUCAAAUCCCGUGGAGGGCAAGCUUAUCUUCUGCAACGGGGUGGUCCUGCACCGGUUGCAGUGCGUCCGCGGCUUUGGGGAGUGGAUCGAUUCCAUUGUUGAAUUUUCCUCCAACUUGCAAAACAUGAACAUCGAUAUCUCUGCCUUCUCUUGCAUCGCUGCCCUGGCUAUGGUCACAGGUCAGUCAAAUCCCGUGGAGGGCAAGCUUAUCUUCUGCAACGGGGUGGUCCUGCACCGGUUGCAGUGCGUCCGCGGCUUUGGGGAGUGGAUCGAUUCCAUUGUUGAAUUUUCCUCCAACUUGCAAAACAUGAACAUCGAUAUCUCUGCCUUCUCUUGCAUCGCUGCCCUGGCUAUGGUCACAGAGAGGCACGGGCUUAAGGAACCCAAGAGGGUGGAAGAACUUCAGAACAAGAUUGUAAAUUGUCUCAAAGACCAUGUGACUUUUAAUAACGGGGGGCUGAAUCGCCCCAAUUAUUUGUCCAAACUCUUGGGGAAGCUCCCCGAACUUCGCACGCUUUGCACGCAGGGGCUGCAACGCAUUUUCUACCUGAAACUGGAAGAUUUGGUGCCACCGCCAGCAAUAAUCGACAAACUUUUUCUGGACACCUUACCUUUCUAA